CGGCCACGUGCAGGAUCGCCUGGAGACUUGGUGAUGACGUCUGUGUGUGGUCAGGUCCCGCGGUGCAUGCUGGGACGGACCAGAUUUGAACAAUGUCCGCCAUCUUCGUGUGGUGAAGUGCAAAGGCGCAGCUCAGCGAGGUGCUGUGCGUGCGGCUACAGCAGCCUCAUGGCUUCAACGUGUGUGCAGGUUAACUUGGAGCUGGGACAUAGGGCUACCUACCGUAAGAAGCCCACACCUGAAGGUUUCACCCACGACUGGAGUGUGUUUGUUCGAGGCCCGGAAGGUAACAACGCAGCACACUUCAUCGACAAGGUAGUCUUUCACCUGCACGAGAGCUUCCCUAAGCCAAAGCGAGCUGUGAAGGAACCCCCAUAUGAAGUAUCAGAGUCAGGAUAUGCUGGCUUCCUUCUGCCUAUUGAUGUAUACUUCAAGAAUAAGGAAGAGCCUAGAAAGCUCCAUUUUCAAUAUGACUUGUUCCUGUACACGGACAUGCCUGUCAACAACAUCCGCCCAGAGAGACUCACCUUCAACAACCCCUCUGAAGAGUUUCGAAGGAGACUUAUCAAAGGAGGGGGGGUUGCAGUUUUCCCAGAAGAUAGCGGUAAGAUGGUGUCCCCGGCACUAACUGGUCCUCCUGCACAGCCUCUUCACAGACAGCACCCAGCCAAGGAUAAAGGGAAAAUACCCAAGUCUUCUAGUACUUCCAGUUCUAAAGAUGGGAAAACAGUUUCGAAAGAAGCUAAAGGCCCAAAGGAAGGGAAGACUGCAUCUAAAGAACCAAAGUUCUCUACAAAGGAGGUUAAAACUGUAUCUAAGGAGGAGAAACCUUCAGGGAAAGAUGUCAAGCCUGCUCCAAGGGCAUCUGUGCUGCAGGAGGCUCCCCUUUUUCCGGACACUCCCUCUGUGAAAGAAGGAAAGGCUUCUCAAUUAAAGAAAGAAGGAAAAGUAUCCAGCAAAAGGCCAAGUGAGUCUUCAGCUGGUGAUUCAAUUAAAAAGAAAACAAAGAAAAGUAGCUCUGCUGGGGAGGCAGCUCAAAAAAGAGACAAAGCAAAACCUUCCAAGGCAAAAGUGGAAGGAGACUCUAAGCCAAAGGUUAAGGUUGAACCCAGCAGAAGCCAGCCCAUGGCUGUGGUGAAACCUCAGACUAUUGCCAAGAAGGAACUCCCCACAUUUGCCAGCCAGCUGAGCGAGGAUGAGGAGGAUGAGAGCAUGGAGGGGGAGGAUGGUGACACGGGGAACCCCAGCCCCACAUCCAGCUUUUCAUCCCUCCCCACCGGUGGAGCCGGGGGCGCUCUCAACUCACUCAUGGCUGAGCUCGGUGACCAGGAGAACGACGAUGACGAUGAUGAUAAUGAGGACUACAGUAUUGGAACAUCACCACCAUUCCAGAGCCAGCCAGAGACUGCCUCCCAACAGCCGCUGCUGCAGAGUGAUGGUGAGAGUGCAGGCAGCAAUGCCUCCAUUAAAGAUGUGAAAAUUAACACUUCUCCUUCCAAACAGAAGACAAAGAGUAAACCGAAAGGAGACCGAAGGCACAAGAUGUCUAACGGCCAGCCAAACAAUGAGUAUCUGAACGAGCUGUUAGAGCUGCAUCAGCGCAUUGUGACUCUGAAGGAUCGCCAACAUCUGCAGAGAAUAGUAAACCUCAUUGAGGAAACAGGACACUUCAAUGUGACCAAGACUACAUUUGACUUUGACCUUUGUAGACUUGACAAGGUUACAGUCAGAAAGCUCCAGAGCUGUCUAGAUGGUUUAUGAGCAGGUUGGUUCUGUCUGACUGUACAGUAUGAAGACCAAACUUAAAAGGACAGUGGAAAUGGCCACUCUGUUAGGGCCUUAUGCAGUAUGAGGUUAUUUAUGUUGUCUCCGUGUGGCUCCAAGUCACAGAGGUUUUAAGGCUCUGCUGAAGUAUGGCAGGUGCCAGGACUAUUUAUACUCUUAAACGUAGUGUGAUUGUAUGUUUUAGUGAUAUUAACAACUAAAGGGCCCUGCCUUUGUACAGAUACUGUCAGUUGUCAAGCAACAUUGGUGGGCACAGUGCAUGUAUCCAUGUACAACUUGAAUACUAUCCCUCAAUACAGGUCACAUUAGGUAGCCUUAGGAAGGGACCAUUGAGGAAAAUAUUCUGACAGAUUCUGGAGAGAAAUAAGCUCAUUCAAAUAACUAUUGACUGGAUCACAAGAUAAACAAUGACUUGAACUCGGCUCUCUUUAAGUUUUAACUAUUGCAGCUUGUUUUAGUGUACAGAGAUCUUGACCUGGUAUUUUCAUGUAAAGGGCAGCUGUAGGCCACUCUGUUACACAAUACACAAAGGAGUAACCCCAGACUUUCUUAGGAAAACAGGUCAAGCUAUAUGCAGGAAUGUUUAUUCUCAUACAUGUAUGUCCCCGGGAAGUAAACUUGUGCUAGUCCAUGCCCACAGCUAUGCUGGAAAUGUCCAGCAGCAUUCUCAGCUCAGUGCAGCCAUCUGAAAUGGCUGUUAGACAUUCUCUCUUAUAGUUACACCAGACUACAAUCUCGUUGAGCUAAAAGCACCUCAUGUGUAAAGACCCAUAUAGCACUAAUCAACAGUAAACUGUUCGGAUAGCUAUCUCUCUCACGAUGGUACUAUAAGAAUAAGCGUCUGUUGUAUAUUUGGGUCUGAGAUUACCAACAAUCAUGUGUGAAAAGAACAAAACAACCAUUACAAAUAAACUUUAUCAUGAACAUGCCAACUUUCGAUAAGUGUGAGGAGGGGUGGAAAGAUCAUAUGCUGAAAUAGAUACUGCAAAGAUGUAUGGUUUAUAGGUCAGUCACACAAUGUUUUAAAGGACAUUUUGGUUAUAUAUCAAGAAGGUUUUAGUUGGACAGUUCAGACAUAAGUUAGAUUGUGCUAUGGAGAAUCUAGCUGGCCAUGACUUGGUGAUUGUUGCUUUAAAAUGGGACUAUGCUUACACAUGUAGGUACAUUUGUAUGCUUUGGGACUAUGAUGAGCUGAUUUUUAAACAUUUCCCCUGUAGACAAGGGUUAUUGUGUUGCUAUGUGUUAGGCAGCAUCAAAGUUUUUGUUUUUUCAUUAAUCUGCAGUCUAGUGGUGGACUUUUCUAGGGAAAGUAUCCGGAAGAACUUGGUUUGUAUGAGCACUCUAGCAAGCAGAAGAGCACAAAACAAGAUGUGGAAGUUUUAGCUAGAUGACCAAUGUAGUAGACCUGCUUUGUCACCUGUUCCUACCUACAUUUCUCUACUCACCUUUGUAGUUAGCACAACACUGCCACUGGAAUUCCAGAAUUGCUUAGUCAGUCACAGUAGACAGGAAAGUAGCUGGCCUGUUAAGAAAGUUUUCUUUUCCAUAAUUUUGACUAGGUUUUGUUAAGCAUGGGCACUAGAAACUGGAGCUGAUCAUAGGAAUAUGGAUGUGCGCAGAAGAGUAGACACUGGCUCUGAGUCCAGGUAACAGUGAUUACUGUUGUAUUCAUACUGCUGAUUUGUUUUGUACACCUUAUACAGGUCAUGUGUGACAUGUAGGGUGUAUGUACUUGUAUAUGAAGAGAUAACUGCAGCUGAGAAGUGUGUAGCAAAGGUGUUUUGUGAAAAACAGAGCCACAGAGAAACCUCCAGUCAAAUUGGCUGCAUGAUGUCACACAUAUUCAUCACUGCUUUUCUGAGAUUAUGACAACUUUUUAGACAGGUGGGUCCAGUCUGUAUGAUUUCCAAUGCCACGUGCUAAAUGCAUAAUGUAAUUAUAUUGCAUUUGCUCUGGCUGGCAAAUGUUAUUGCUUAGAGAAGCCAUGCCUGCACAUAUUACUAUCGUAUCUGUGAUACAUUGACACAAAAAGAGCUCAGGAGAAAUUAUUAAUUUACCUAGUUUGUCCGUUUUUUUCUCUCCAAACUUAUCUGUCUAACAUAGAAAGUGAUUGUAAAGAUAUCAGAAUGUUGCAAUAUGUUUUCUCCCUAGUGUAACUUGUAACAAAAGAACAUCACAAAUGGCAUUGUGAUGAAGAAGUGAAAAGACUUAUACAUGCAUGUCAAUUCCUUCAGUUGCAAACUAUUUCAUGUUGUACAAUACCAACAUAGAACACUUUUGUUGAAACAUUCUGUUCCCCAGCAUGUUGUUAGACAAAUAAAAACAUUUGGUUCACAA